AUGCUCAAUGCGAUUACUAACCUACGAUCGAUCUACCAGCUCCAGGAGCGCGUGUUUUCUUAUGUCCUUACUGAGUCAUCGGAUGUCUCUCGUCGUACUGGUGUACGAGACCCUCCCAGCUGUCUUGCGACGGUGGAUGACCGCGCCAGCGAACAAGACAAUCUCUUGCUGCUCUUCCACAUCACGUUGGUUCAAGAUACGCGCAACGAACGGAAGCGUCAAUACUUUCGCGACGAAGUGUAUGACCUUGGCCACUAG